AUGAAUAGCCAAUACAUACGUCAUGAAGUCCGUGGAUGCGAAACUAGUGACCUGAGAAACUUCUGGGAAAAGACUAUUGCACAACAAACUCAAUAUCUGCAAAUUGAAAAAGAACGUCAGCGAAGAAGUGCUCUGAAAAAGCUCAGAAAUGAAUGGAUGGAGAGGCUGGAAAAACGGAUAAAGAUGUUAAGGACCCAACCUGAAGACCCAUCUAGCUGA